AAUGACUAGAAGUACAAUUAAUACAGAUGAAAGUUAUAUAGCAUAUCUUACAGAACAACAAAUCGGUGAAUUAUACCAACCACCUACAAACCAUCAAUAUAUUCCACACUUCUAUACAACUCGAACAGGUUUAGAAUGUCGUCGUUAUUUUUGUGAGGUUUGUGGUCCACUUGCUAAAUCUAAUUUAAAAACUGGUUCACCGAAUGUUAAAUAUACUGGAGCACUACAACGUCAAUUAGAUUGGAUUGCAGGUACUACAUUACCAGAUGCUUUAACACGAUCACAUGAAGCAAUGAUGUACUAUAGUGAUCAUAAACAUUGAGUUGUUACGCAGUAAUAGCAAUCAAAAUAUGAAUGUAUGAUUGAUAUCUGUCAGUAUGAACAUAAGUGUAUCAAUUAAACACACAUUUUCUUCGAGUAAACACACAAGAUUUACAGGAACAUUUACUUUGAAAAAAAAUUUCUUGUAAUUUUAGUUUUAGCCUAAUUUUAUUUACAAUGCUCACACAAAUUAUUCAAUACCAAAAGGAUAAAAAAAAACUUAAAAAUGGGUUAUGUUCCGUAAACUAUUUUUACCUAAGCAAUGAGGUUAUAUAUACAAGGCCUAAUCAAGUAUUUACCACGAAUGUGAGUAUAGAUACACGCACAAUAUUGCAAAAUACAUCUUUCA